GUUCUAAUUGUUGAAUGACGCAAAAUAUUCAAGUCUUUCGUUAAUACUAUUUUGGUUGCUGCAAAGAGACAAACAAUUUCAUCAGUUGAGUACAACAUUAUCAUUGUGUCUAACCCAAGUCUGGAACCAGUAAAUUAGCCCUAGAAUAAGAUUGUAAAUCAUUCAUUGAUCAAGUUGAGUUAAUCAGAGAUAGUUUAUCCAGUAUUUACUUGAACCAUUUCACCAGAAAGGUUAGUAACUUGCCAUUUAGCCUGUGACUUACAAGACAAUAACAUUUUGAUGAUGAAUUUUGUUGCUUUUAAAGAUCAACACACAAUGUCUAAACUAUUCGUAUCAAUAUCAAUCUUGAUUUUAUUAAUUGUGAGCUUCAUCCCAUUAAUAACAAUGGCCUGGGUACCGAAUGGGUCACCCUCUCUUGGACCAAUGCGUAUGGACAAAAAAAGUGACGGAUUCCUUGAAGUUGGCUGUUAUGGUGACUAUGAUAAAGCCAUGUUUGCCCGAUUGGAUCGCUUGUGUGAGGAAUGUUAUGAGCUUUACCGGGUUCCUGAUUUAUUUACUCAGUGCAGGCAAAGCUGUUUUAGAAAUGAUUACUUUCCUAAAUGCAUUGAAGCUUUAAUGGUGACCAAUGAAAAGGAGAAACUCAUGGAAAUGGUUGAUAUCCUUAAUCGAGGUCGACUUUUUCAUCCAGCAUGAUUAAAUGCAUAAUCAUUAUCAACGUAAGCAAUUAAGAUGGAUCAAAAUUCCUCUAUAUAUCCAAUUAUUUCUAUCUUCUCACUAUUCUUCAUGAUCUCGAAGGAGUAACAAAUUUGACUUUUUGCAAUUUAUUUUAUUUAAUGUAAUCUUCCAAAUGAUUGUUUUUUUCGGUUCUCUUUUGUUUUACGAUUUGUUUUUUUAUGAUUGAAGACAAUUGCUUGAUUGAUUUCUCAUUAAGCUAAAUCGAGGCGGUUACACUCAAUAAAAUGGUCAGCUAAGAUGAUUAUCAAAACAACACCUAAAGUGCAGUAUUUGUUUUUACGCUUUCCUUGUUUUCAAUGAUUUCUGAUGUGAUUGAACAAUCAUGUACAAUGUUGCUGGUUAUGUUGAAUAAAACUGUGUUAAAAACAAAGUUUAAA